AUGGCGGUCACGCUGAUGAUCAACCUGGUGGCCACCGUGUGCCUGAUAUGGAGCUGCGUCGUGGUAGCGGUGGAAUGCAUCGGCAUGGGCGCCGUCUUUAGAUAUUUCUCCCAUACGCCACCGCCUGCCCUCUCGCCCAAACUGCAGCAGCAUGCGCCGCACGUCACCGUAAUCCGACCCGUAAAGGGCCUCGAGCCGCAUCUCUACGAAUGUAUUGCUUCCACUUUUCGCCAAGAAUACCCCGUGGACAGGCUGUCGCUGCGGCUGUGCGUAGACGAUCGGAGCGACUCUGCGUACCCCGUGUUGCAACAAGUCGUCGAUGACUUUCCCCAGUUUGAUGCGCAGGUGCUGGUCGAGGCCGACUGCUCAAAGGAGGAAAUGAAGGGUCUGGGGCCGAACCCAAAGGUACGCAACAUCAGCAAGGCCUAUCGUGAGGCCCAGAGCGACAUUGUCUGGGUGGUGGACUGCAAUGUCUGGAUUCCCCGAGGCGCCGCGGGUCGCAUGGUGGAUAAGCUGAUGGGCUACACGAAAGAUGGCCAGAUUGCGCGGAAACCGUACAAGUUCGUACACCAGAUGCCGCUGGUGGUGGACAUUGUUCAAUAUGGCCGCUCCGCCACCCAGGACUCGGAGGCGCUCUUGUCGUCCGCUUCGGAGGCUUCGCCCGGUGCCGACACGAGGCGGCAGCCCAAAGACGCUGGCCCGCUCAAGCAGAUUCAAUGCCAAGGCGGCGGUCGGCUGGACGAGAUGUUCAUGGCGACGACACACGCGAAAUUCUACGGAGCUAUCAACGCGGUCGCUGUGGCGCCAUGCAUCGUUGGCAAGAGUAACAUGUUCCGCAAGUCCCAGCUCAACCAGGCAACCGACCCAGCCAGGAAUCCGAUCCUCCCACAAGACGAUAUCCGCCCGGCGGGCGUGGACUACUUCUCCUACAACAUCUGCGAAGACCACUGCAUCGGCGAUAUCCUGUGGCGUACGGAUUUCCCAGGAUACAACAACCAUGGCAUAGUAUGGGGUGAUCUCGCGGUGCAGCCCAUGGCGGGCAUGUCUGUCAGCGCAUACAUUGCUCGCCGUGUUCGUUGGCUACGCGCGCGGAAGUGGACGGUGCUGGCGGCCACCCUGGUCGAGCCAGGCGUCGAGUCUCUCCUGUGCGGUCUUGCGUUCGCGUUCGCGACCACGACUCUGAAGUGGUUUGAAGCCACUUUUGGUAUCCCUCGAACCUGGUCCGCCAUGGGCGCUGUUUGGCUGAUCUUUGUUACCACUUGGAUGAUGGCGGACCGGGCCGUGCAUAGCAAACUGCACUCGGCGCAGUCGAUAGACGUGGACGAGCACACUCCUCACUUCGCCCGUGGUCGCUUCGGUCCAUCCAAGGCACACGCGCGACCGCUGUAUGAGUGGAUUCCUGCGUGGCUUGGACGGGAGAUUCUGGCCAUGCCGAUAUGGACGUGGGCUGUCUUACUUGGUGACACUGUCAACUGGCGAGGAAGCACCUUUCGUGUAAGGUGGGGCCUGGUGAAGAAGCCCUUCCAACUGAGCAUGACCUUCUACGCAAUCGUCAUGGAAAUCAUCGAUGCCCUCUCCGCCUUUGUCAACCGCAUCGGGUUCUUUGAGCCUAUCCUGCAUCCCGAGGCCCUCCAAGUCGACUAUAUCGCCCUGCAAGAGAGAUUCGAUCAUCAAACGUGGGGCGUGAGGAUGUCCAUAGCGGAGCUGGAGAGGUUCAGGUAUCUGCUGCACCUCGAGAAGCUACCGCUGCUGGACGAUGUACGGGCAGAUUACAAGGUUAGAUUGGAUGUUGUAGUUGACUUUGGACACUUGUUCCAUGAGCUCAAGGAUGCCAUCAUGAGCCAAGACACCGAGAAUGUGUCAGGCAGCACGCUCAAGGUCCUGGACCAGCGAAGAGAUCUCCUCUGCCCAGAGGAUGCAGCAUUCCGAGAGAUUCUGAACACGGCAAUAUGCAGUCAUCUCGCCACCACUUCAAGAACAGUUGAGGGUUCUCUCGAGGGCUAG